UGCCUUGUUCCAUCCCACGCUUGGUCAUCCUAUCUAAACUCAAACGCCCCAACCUUAGGGUUCUUUCUCUCACCAAUGUCCUGUUCCACGUAUUGCGCUGAGUAUGAAAGAGAGGCGUUCUUGGAAGAGCGCCGUCUCAAGGGACGCGUUUAUUACCGCAAUCGAAAGUUCAGACUCGAGACGCAGUGCAAUCCUCAGUGGACGGAUAAGGAGUACUUUGCAAAGACGCGCGACCACGACGCGUUCAUCGCCCAGUACAUCCGAGAGCAGCGGGAGCUCAUCUCGCGUCGUCUAGAGCCGCUGAAGCAAAGGGCCGAACAAGAGAAAGCGCGAGAACAAGGGCAGCGGGAGGCGAACGGGGGAUCGCGCUUUUAUAAAAGAGGAGGUUCAGGAUCCAGACAGCGACAAACCGAAGAAGAGCGGCUUAAGGCAUGGUGGGAAUGGAUCAGCGAACUGCGGCGGAAAAACGAAGAGGAAGAGAAGAGGAAAGGCUUGGAGGAGAUAAGAAGACGUCUGGAAGAGGAGAAGAGGAGACGUGCUGAAGAGGAUGAGAGGAAACGCACAGAGGAGGAAAAUGCGCGAAGACGGUGGCAGAAAUAUAAAGAAGCGCGUAGAAGGGCUCAAGCGAAGGAAAAGGAGAAGGAGCGAGAGCAGGGUUCCCAGCUUAUUGAGAAGCGAUACAAGAUGUACGAUGAAGAAUGGUCCAAGUUGAAGCUGAAGACUCAGACAAAGGAAGGCCUGCGCUUCAGCGACAUUCCCUGGCCCACGUUGUUCGAUGCUACUCAUCCAGCGGCCGUGACUCCGGCAGUCGUACGGUCUUUCUUCACGGAUCCGAAGUAUAUCGCCGAAAAGCAUUGGCUGUCGCCCAAAAAACGGUUCCAUAUGGAACUCUUGAGGUGGCACACUGACAAGUUUAGUCCGGUGGUGAAAAGCGUGGUAGACGGGGAUCGCCAGGAUGUAUACGAUGCCGCUGAAGUGGUUGUUAGGGUGUUGAAUGAACUGAAGGCUCAGUACCAGUAAUGGUUAUGGCCGUAAAGAAGAGUGUUUAUUUCUUGGAUAGCGAACUUGAAAGGCGAAAUAGAUGGUCGAGGUGGGACCAAAUGCUAUCUUGUACUAUAGUUGUCGGUGUGGUUGCGGGCGUUCGCGUGUAUUAGUGCAUUUUCAAUAGGCAAUGAUUUACCCUUUCUGGCCC